AUGAAAGGCGGAGAGUUCUGGCCCAUCGUGAAAUGUGUGAAGAUCCGGGUCGCCCAAGCAGAGGCCUUGAAGACGGGCGUGGUGCUGGUGGACCUGCCAGGAAUCCGGGACUCCAAUGCAGCCAGGGACAAUGCGGCCAAAGAGUACCUAAAGAACUGCAACGCGGUGUGGGUCGUUGCCAGCAUCACGCGGGCCGUGGACGACAAGACUGCCAAGGAGAUCCUGAACAGCAACCUGCGCAGGCAGCUCUUCAUGGACGGCCUGUAUGGGAACCUGGCCUUCGUCUGCACCAAGACGGACAGCUUUAACAUCUCGGACAUAGUCAGGGACCUGGACCUGAGAGAGGAGAUCCAGCCCUUGGAAGAAGAACUGGAAGAGCUGGAAGGCCAGAGGAUGCAGGCGGAAGAGGAGAAGGGGACCCUCCACAUGGCUCUGCACCUGGAGCAGAGGCCGGGAGUUGAGGCCGCGGACCCAGCCUGGCUACAGAAGCAGCACGACUUCCUGGAGAAGGAGUUCCGGCUCAGUGCCCUGCAGAAGCAGAAGGAGGCCAAGCUGCGUGCCAUCGGUCUCAUCUGCGUUCAGGCCCGGAAUAGGUUCUCCAAGCAGCGGAUCCGGAUGGAUUUCAACACCGGCCUGGAGGUAGGGGCGUGGCUUGAAAUCCCGGCCUUGAAGGAUUUUGUCAUCGAAACGGGCUUGAAAACCAGCAUGAAAGCCACGGAGAAGGUCAUCCGGGACGUGGCUCGUGUCAUCAGCCAAAUCGUGCAUUAUCUGACCAACCAGAGGGCGGAGGACGUCUCUCACCAGGCCCAAGUCCGGGAAACGGUGCAGCAGGCCUUGCAGGGUCUCCCCAGUCUGCUCCAGGAGGCUGCAGACGACGUCCUCCCCGACAUUCAGUACUUCUUUGGGGUCCUGAUCCAAACCAGCCUCAGCAAGGGGGCAAAUAAAGCCAAGGAACUGAGUGAGGACAUCGUCAAAAGCUGGGGCUUGCCUGGUUCUGGCUUACCGCAUUCCACGUACCAUGCUGCAUGUCUUCGCCGUGGUGUCUACACCUCUCUGAAAUGCGGAUGUGUGGAUUUCAACAGUCAACUCGCGAAGCCGGUGAAUGACGCCAUCGCUGGAGCCUGGGUCGCGAUUUUCGGUUCUAAACUGGAGGAAUCCCUUGAACGCUUCACCAAAGCUGUUCUGGAUAAGCUGAAGUUCUUCUUCCGAGAGCUCAAGAGGGACGUGGGCAGGCAGAACAGCCUCACGGAGGCCCUGGACGCCCUUCACCGACAGCAGAUGGAGGCCAUUCAGGCCCAGCUGCGCAAUUUCCUCCUGGACCAGGAGUUCUACAUCAGCCGGAAGCAGCGCUCCAUCUCCCGCAUGCUGACACCAGCGAUCCAGGCUGACAUGGACCCGGCCUAUGCAGCGUGCAGCCAAAUGUCCGGCCCCGGCUACUUCCAGAGGAUGAAGGACAUGAUGGAGAGCUACAUCCGCGAGAACAAGGACUCCAUCUUUGAGGCCGCCGCACAGAAGCUGCAGGAGCAGCUGAGCCGGCUGCAGCAACGCAUCCGAGGGAGCUUCCAGAGCUUGGUCCUGGAGCUGAGCAAGUCCCUGAGGAUGCAGUUCGAGCCCCUCCUGAAGCCCGUGCAGAAGAACGCAGAGCUCAUUCCAGAUUUGAUGAACAUCUGUGCCAAGGUGGACAAGAUCUGCAAGCGCUCGUGUGUGGUGUAUGUCCUUCCCAGCACCUCUCAGGUGGAGGCCGGUUCCCCGGAAGCAGAAAGGGAGCUGCAGGGGAAUCCCUUGUGCCUCUCAGCCUUGCACUUGGACAUCCGACUGGGAGCACUGCCUCUUUCCUGCAUUGUGGCCAUCCAGGUAUCCGGGCAGGACCUGGCUCUGAGGCUGACAGAUGAGAGCGCCGUGGCCCUUCCUUUGGGGAGCGUCUCCCUCUGUGAGUCUUGCCUGCCCCUUGGCUGCCUGAUCCUGCACCUGUCUGCUGAAGCCGCUGGGGAAAUCCGUCGCCGAUGCCGAGUUCGGGCAUCCAGCCCAGGCCAACAUGGACGAGAGGCGCUUGUGAUCUUGGACAAGGACCCGGACCAGACGUUCUUCUCCAGGCUGACCGCAGGCGUGUCGUCGAGUCGCAGGGAUGCCUCCUGGGUCCAAACGCUCAGUCUGUGCCAGGGGAGGGAGAGGCUGGAAUCCCUGGGGGUGUAUUCCACGCCCCGGCAGGCUGCCUACAAGGCUGAGCCGCUUCUGGAGGUCCCGGCGGCCGCUUCUGUCCCGCCACGCUGGCCGCAGGUGGUCUCUGUCGUGCAGCAGCCCCCGCUCCCCCCGCUGAACUUGCUCCCGUAUGGCCGGAAGAGAGCCGGGGAGGCCGGCCCUGUGGUCUCUGUCGUGCAGCAGCCCCCACUCCCCCCGCUGAACUUGCUCCCGUAUGGCCGGAAGAGAGCCGGGGAGGCCGGCCCUGCCCUGCUGCUGCUGGAGAAGCGGCACAAGAGCCAGGCCGGAGCAGACCACGCCGGGCACCCUCUGUCCAGCUGGAGCACGGAAGACCAGCUGGCGCCCUGUGGAGGACGGGCCGCCUCGUGCCCUCUGCCCGCAAGUGGAGGGUGUUUCCCAGAGGACUGCCGGCAGAAGAUGGCCGCCAGUGAGUCGUUUUCGAGGCCUGGUUCCACAGGUGCUCCCGUCCGAGUGGAAGAGGGGCUCCGGGGGAAACGCUGUGAUCCAAACCCCAGGGGGGACAGGGAGAAGAAUACUCAGCCGGUGGAGAGUGGCGAAGAGGCCUCCCCUGCAGGCGGCUCCUGGCUCAUCCGCUAGUUGACCCCGGCUGCGCGCAAAGGACCUUGGAACGGAAGGCACACCUGACCGCUAGCACUCUGGAGGGGGAGGCCUGGCUGCGUGCCUUCGGGGGCCCUCAGAGCAUCUACGGGGCCAGGCCAGCCUCUUUUCCUGGUGUCCUUUCGGAGAGGAUAUGUAGCCCCUUGUAACCUUUGCAGCUAUCUGCCUUUCUUGCUGCUAAGGUGCCCCAAGAGCUUCUGGGAGGGGGUCUGGCUGUGUGUGGGCGGGUGUUGGAUGACGGUUGUGGGGACACCCCACUUUAAGCACUACACUGCACACCUUGAGAGUGGAGCCUUGCAAAAAAAACCCCUCCAUUUUGCUACCCCCCCCCCCCACUUUACCUGGCCUUUCAGUGGCGUUUCAGGAGAUGAGGGGCAGAGUGUCCCCACUGCCUUGCCCAGUGGAGCCUCACCUUCAGCACCAGAUCUCGUGGGAUUCUGCUUCCAGGUCAAGUCCUAAGUGCUUGGCUGGCUUAGGAGCACCUAGCGACCCUCUCCUCAUGUUUUCAGUGAGCCUGCUUGGAUCUCUUUUGAGCAGGGGCCGGACUGAGGAGGGAGCUGUGUGAUUGGCCAAAGUGGGAUUUCAGUUGUGGGGUGUUUCUUUAAGCGGCUGCAGGGAUCUGCGGCCCUUUUGCUUCUUCCCCAUAGGCCCAAGCACAAGGGAACUCAUUGUUUAGUUCGGAUCUCCCCAGUUUGAAAAGCCCCCCCCCCUUCCCAUUUGGCGGCACCUGUCGGACACGCUUGGUGUUCCCUUCCCUCGCUUGGUUUUCUGCUUCUGCUCCUGCUCAGCAUCUGCAUUGAAGAUGAUGGCAAAGGCAGGUGUGCUUUUCUCCUUCCAUUGUAAAUAAACUGUUUGCUUUUUGCGUUGGAGCUGAGGUCCUUGAGCCUCUGGAAAGGUUUGGACCCUCACAUUUCAGCCGGCGGGCUGAGUGGCAGAGACGGCGCUCCUGCCCUUCUGUUUCUGUGCAGUUUCCCUGUGUGGUUUUAUACAUAUGUGUUUUUAUAAAAAGUGCCUUAC